GGAUUCUCUACUAAUUCUCCUUCCUUACUUCCCCAAUUCAAUAAGAAACGAAACCCAGAAACUUUGGCCUUCAGGGUUUUCAGUAUGAUUUCAAGUUUCAAGCUUUUGAUCCUGUUUUGUGCGGUUAUACCCUUUUCUGUGUCCCAAACCGAUGUUGCACCGCCUCCGGCGGCGGAUUCCUGUAAUGGGGUGUUUGUUUCUUAUGUUUAUGGUACUGGAUCUAAGUUGAAGCCUACUAAUAAGACCCACCAGGCGUACAGGUUUGAAUCAACGUUGACGGUGUUGAACAACGGGGACAGGGUGCUAAAGUCGUGGAGGGUUUUUGUGGGUUUCAAGCAUGAUGAGUUGUUGGUGUCGGCGUCGAAUGCGGUUCUGGUUGAUGGGAGUAGUUUCCCGGCGAGUGUUGGGAACGGGACUACUUUUGCUGGAUAUCCGAUGAGCGAUCUGAAAACGGCGAUUGAGACGGCCGGGGAUGUGACCCAGAUGCAGGUGCAGGUUAAGCUUGUGGGGACACAGUUCGGUGAGGCGCCUCCUGCUGUGCCGUUGCCGGAUAACAUUUCUCUCGUUAACGAUGGUUUUGAGUGUCCUGCGGCUUCUCUUCAAGGCACAAAUGAGAUGCAAGUAUGCUGCCCCAUAAACCCCAAUUUCAAGUCAAAUCUUACAGGAGCUGAUGAGUUCCUGCCCCGGCAAAGUGGUGAUCUUACAAUCAUGUAUGAUGUGAUCAGAACAUAUGAUUCGAACUACUGGGCACAGGUUACAAUUGCAAACCAUAACCCACUUGGGCGUCUUGAUAAUUGGAAGUUGAGCUUUGAUUGGAUGAAUGAUGAAUUUAUCUAUGCCAUGAAAGGGGCUUAUCCAUACAUGGUUGAUGCAUCUGACUGCAUAUUUGGUCCCCAAGGAACAUACUAUAAGGAUCUGGACUUUGCUAAUGUUUUGAAUUGUGAAAGAAGGCCAACUAUUAUUGACCUCCCUCCAACAAAGUUCAAUGAUACAACUCUCGGACAGAUCCCUUCAUGUUGCCGAAAUGGUACCAUCUUGCCGCCAACCAUGGACCCAAGCAAGUCAACUUCAUCAUUUCAGAUGCAGGUCUUUAAAAUGCCUCCAGAUCUUAAUCGAUCAGAGCUCUCUCCACCUCAAAACUGGAAUAUCAAUGGCACCCUGAACCCUAAUUAUAAAUGUGGUCCUCCUGUCCGGGUUAGCCCUAGCCAGUUUCCUGAUCCAAGUGGCUUGCCAUCAAAUAGAACUGCAUUUGCUAGCUGGCAGGUGGUUUGCAAUAUUACACAGCCCAAGGGGGUGAGCCCUAGAUGCUGUGUAUCAUUUUCUGCAUACUACAAUGCUUCAGUUAUUCCAUGCAGAACUUGUGCAUGUGGGUGCCCCAGCAGCACGUCUCGUACUUGUAGUGAAACUGCUUCAGCCAUGCUUCUUCCACCCGAGGCACUUCUUGUCCCAUUUGAGAACCGCACUGUGAUGGCCAGAGCUUGGGCUGAUCUUAAACACUGGUCGGUGCCUGAUCCAAUGCCUUGUGGUGAUAAUUGUGGGGUCAGUAUCAACUGGCAUGUUUAUACAGACUAUACUCGUGGAUGGAGUGCAAGAAUCACUCUUUUCAACUGGGAUGAAACUGCUUUUUCUGAUUGGUUUGCUGCAGUAGAAAUGGAUAAAGCAGCCGCUGGUUUUGAGAAAACUUAUUCAUUCAAUGGAAGCCUCAUGACUGAUGUUAAUAAUACCAUAUUCAUGCAAGGCCUUCCGGGAUUGAACUAUCUUGUGGCAGAAACAGAUGGAGCUAAUCCAUCUAAGGAUCCUCGGGUGCCUGGAAAACAACAGACGGUGAUCUCAUUUACCAAGAAAACUACCCCUGGAAUUAAAGUGGCAGAAGGUGAUGGGUUCCCAACGAAAGUAUUCUUCAAUGGAGAGGAGUGCGCACUUCCUUCAAUGUUUCCAAAAAGCAGUGGUAAUAGAAAGGCAUCCAGUACCAUACUUUCAGUCUUUUUAGCUGUUAUGGCAUUCAUAUUGAUGCAGCUAUAGUUGGGGCAAGGCACUGCUUGGGUUCUCUGGUCUUCCCAAAGUAGUAUUUUUUUAGGUGUCUGCAGACAGCUGCACCAACCUACUGCUCGGUUUUGUAGCUGAUGCUGAUUAGUUCAUUCUUUCAGUGGUUUAUUUUUUCACUUGAUCAGCACUGUGGUUUGUCAUUACCAGACACCCACACCUUGAUUCUUAUAUAGAGGAUGCUAUGGAUUUUUUAGUCAUGACUAGGCUUCUUGUUGCUGAUGUCAUCCAGAAAUGCUUAUAGAUACAUAAAUGUCAUGGUAUUCACUAUUCAGACGUUGUAUAAAACUAUUGCUGGAUGAACAUAAUUUGUGGACAGUGUGAAGGUUGCCUAAAGGAGUUCCAAUUUGCUGACCCAAAAGCCUUUUGGAAGAUGUCCUUUCUGCAGAACCAUAAAAAACGAGCGGUUGUUUU